ACCUUAUAUUUUGAGGUAGGGUCUCUCAGUGAGCUUGGAGUAGUCUAUGUGGGCUAUACUGGCUUGUCAGUGAGCUCCCAGGAUUUGCCUGUCUCCACCAAUAGUUCCCUUAAAACACUGGUGUUACAGACGUGUGCCCCGUGUUCAGCUUUUAUGUAGGUUCUAGGGAACUGAACUCAGGUCCUCAUGCUUGAGCAGCAGACACUUUACCCCCUGAGACAUCUCCCCAGCCAGACCCUCAAUUUUUUUAAUGUUUUCUAUAUUUUGGAUGUUGUAUUAAAUACCUUUUUCUUAACAAAAUUGUGCACCAUAAUCAACCAACAAAUAUCGGUUCAGUUAUCAAUGAUAAGCACUUGUACACAUGUGGGUGAAGGAUUUUUUUAGGAUUUUAAUUUUAUUGUUUUUAAUUAUGUGUAGGUGUAUACAUCUGCAUUUGGGUAUGUGACGUGAGUUCAGAGGUCAGAGGCAUUGGAUCCCCUGGAGCUGGAAUUAUAGACUCUUCUGAGACACCUGACAUGGAUGCUGGGAACCUAACUCGGGUCCUCCGGAAGAGCAGCAAGUGGUCUUAAUUGCUGGGCUAUCUCUCCAGCCACAACGGUGAAAGGUUUUUAGAACAGUUCAACUGUAUUUCCUAGGCAGACCAGAAGCAUCAGUAUCACCUGAGUCAGAUCACUUCAAAGAAGUCACUGUACCAGGCCCAUGCGUCCCUGUGACACAGAGUGACACACCAACCCGCUCUGUUCUGACCUGUCUUCUACCCUUACCUGAAUCCUGUGGAAGAAGAUAGGGAAGCACAAAGGGGGAAAGAAACAACCCCAAAUAUGGCUCUAAUUCGUGCAACUACUACCCGAGGUAGGUUGAGUUCUCGAAAUAUCUAGAAAGGCACACCCACUACAUGCCCAUUUCCCCCUCAGGAACUUUGAAGCCUAUACCAUCCAGGACAAAGUGGCGUGGCACCAGUAUUUGCUUGCCAAGGAGAAAGUCAGAAGGUCCUGGAAAAGAAAGAGACUUUGGAGAAGAAGAAGAAAGAAAACCAGUAACAGUCUCUCUAAAGAUUCUCUGUCCUCCACUCUUCCUAGGUGUGGGAGAGGGAGAAGUGUCAAAUAAAGGGCAGGCUCUGAGUGGAGGUGGACAAGAUGAAGACGACAAGCUGAGCAUCCAGGAGUCUAAAUAUUCUUCACAGAGGAUCCCCAGCAAUGACAGAAAGUCGUUCUGGCCUCAGGCCCAUGGACGAACGAUGAGAAAUGGCAGAGAGAGGUUUGCUGGGUCCAUUUUACAGAAGAGGAACCAGAGGCAAGCAAGGUAUCUCAGAAGGAAUUGAAAAAUGAGAGGGGAGGAGGAAUCUGGUGAAAAGGAGUGGAAUGUAGUACAUACGGAGCUGAGAUGCUGUUAAUUAAGAAAUGAAGGUGGAUUUGUGGUGAGCCAGAGAAAAACCAGAAAUGAGAGAUAAGAUAAGAGGGAGGAGCAGGAAUGCAUCCAGAGCUCAACAUUGGAGUUUACCGAGAAAUUCCAGCUGACAAUGGAACCGCUGAUCCCUGACCAGAUGGAAGGCCACUUGAUGUCGAGCUGAAACCUUGAAUGCUACCAUUCAAAGUCCUUUCUUUUUGCUCGGUUAUCAUGAAGAGAGGACGACCACUCGGAAACCCAGAAAGUCAGUUUCUCCAAGUACAGUUUUCGGGGAAAGAUCCAGUCCCCCUAAAGCCUCCAUCAGCCAUCUCUCUGUUGUCCCUUUUAUGAAAACUGGAGGUUGAACGGCUUCUAACACCAAGAUCCCCGGAGCAGGCAGCCGACUGCAACCAUGAAGGCUGCUGGUGCCCUCUGGAGGAAGUUUUGGGCAUUGCAGAAGCACGGCGGGAAUGGAGAACAUUUUCUUUUCUUCAGCUCACUUAGGAGACCCAGUGAAAACAGAGUCACAGAAAUAGGGCCGUGAGUAGAAGGAAGAGCCUGCAACUGUACUUCUAUGGCAGGCGGAGUCUUUGUCUGGAGGGCAUGCCUGGGAAGGCACCGGCUGAACGCCCUCAGCAGUCAGCCAUGGCCUCAGUCUGCUCCGCUCUGAGAAGUCACUACUUUACUGUUCUGCAAGAGGCACAUACAAGGAUCCCUUCACAUUGGAGCUUGUAUAAGAGCAAAAGAUUUGUUCUAGAGUCAAUGUUGUAUAAUGUACGGUUCUGGACUCCAGUGUAAUCAGCCAGAAGCAUGUGGAAAAUCACAACCACAAAAGAAGUCCAUAACACACAGAGGAGAGGACAAAGAUACUCAGAGAGAAAAAGUAAAGGACAGAAGAAGGAGACUGGAGAGACCAGGAUCCUUCUAGCUGAACAAAGUCAGCCGCAAAGCAGACUAGCCAGCAGGCUGCAAUUGGAGUCAGAGUGCCAAAGACAUGGGCUUGUUAGAGUGCUGUGCAAGAUGUCUGGUUGGGGCCCCCUUUGCUUCCCUGGUGGCCACUGGAUUGUGUUUCUUUGGAGUGGCACUGUUCUGUGGAUGUGGACAUGAAGCUCUCACUGGUACAGAGAAGCUAAUUGAGACCUAUUUCUCCAAAAACUUCCAGGACUAUGAGUAUCUCAUUAAUGUGAUUCAUGCUUUCCAGUAUGUCAUCUAUGGAACUGCCUCUUUCUUCUUCCUUUAUGGGGCCCUCCUGCUGGCUGAGGGCUUCUACACCACCGGUGCAGUCAGGCAGAUCUUUGGCGACUACAAGACCACCAUCUGCGGCAAGGGCCUGAGCGCAACGGUAACAGGGGGCCAGAAGGGGAGGGGUUCCAGAGGCCAACAUCAAGCUCAUUCUUUGGAGCGGGUGUGUCAUUGUUUGGGAAAAUGGCUAGGACAUCCCGACAAGUUUGUGGGCAUCACCUAUGCCCUGACUGUUGUGUGGCUCCUGGUGUUUGCCUGCUCUGCUGUGCCUGUGUACAUUUACUUCAAUACCUGGACCACCUGUCAGUCUAUUGCCAACCCCAGCAAGACCUCUGCCAGUAUAGGCAGUCUCUGCGCUGAUGCCAGGAUGUACGGUGUUCUCCCAUGGAAUGCUUUCCCUGGCAAGGUUUGUGGCUCCAACCUUCUGUCCAUCUGCAAAACAGCUGAGUUCCAAAUGACCUUCCACCUGUUUAUUGCUGCAUUUGUGGGUGCUGCAGCCACACUAGUUUCCCUGCUCACCUUCAUGAUUGCUGCCACUUACAAUUUCGCCGUCCUUAAACUCAUGGGCCGAGGCACCAAGUUCUGAUCUCCCGUAGAAAGUCCCCUUUGUCUAAUAGCGAGGCUCUAACCACACAGCCUACAGUGUUGUGUCUCCUAUCUUAACUCUGCCUUUGCCGCUGAUUGGCCCUCUUCUUACUUGAUGAGUAUAACAAGAAAGGAGAGUCUUGCAGUGAUUAAGCUCUCUCUGUGGACUCUCCCUUUUACGUACCUCUUUUAGUCAGUGUGCUCCACAGCUGGUUCCUGCUAGAAACAGGGAAUGCCUGAGAAGGUGAUUCUCCAGCUGCAAGGCCCAGAGGAGUGAAAGCUCUAAUUCAACUUGGGAGCACCUUCUGAAGACCAGGAUGUACUUCCUUCUCCAAGGGCAUUUCCAUUGAGAAAAACAAAGUGGAAAGAAAGAUUCUCAGGGAGAGAGCAGGAAUGUCCUUGGUCUCCUUGCCAUCAAUAGGAGCCACAUGUGUUCUCCUUGAUGCACAAACCAAGAGCUCACUCUAUCUUCCUAUUUCCACUGAAGACAGAAGAAAAUAAAAGAAUGCUAGCAAAGCGAUAGCAUUUGCCCAAAUCUGCCUCCUGCAGCUGGGAGACAGGGGUCAAAGCAAGGAUCUUUCACCCUUAGAAAGAGAGCUCUGACCCCAAUGGCAAUGGACUAUUUAAGCCCUAACUCAGACAACCCCACUUACUGCAUAAGGGAGCACAGUGUCUGUGUAGACAAAGGGGGCAGAAUCUGUCCUUACACCUCAUUAGGAAGAGAAACAGUGUUGUCAGGAUCUUCUCACUCCCUUCUCCUUGAUAACAGCUACCAUGACAACCCUGUGGUUUCCAAGGAGCUGAGAAUAGACGGAAACUAGCUUUCAUGAAAUAAGACUGGGACCUAAAGAGCAGCAGUUGGUGGAGGCUAAAGGUGUAACUUAAGAUGGCCCUCGCUCGGGUAGAUGACAGAUAGUUAACUCUUUGGAUAGCAUACCUUUUUUUCUGUCAGUUAAUUGUGUCCUCUGGCCUCUGGCAUAUCUUCACAAUGGUGCUCUUUUCCUGGGUUUUUAACCAUUCACUCCUAGCAGGUGAUUUGAAGAUCUUGAUUAGUUUGAGAAUGAUUCAUGUUUCACAUUUUCCAAUUGUUUCUCUCUUGUUUGGAGUUAGAUCAGAAAGAUCUGGAGGAUGUUUUUUGAUUAUAGUUCUUUUUGAAAAAAAAGAACACUGGACAGUAAGCAUUACAAAAUAUUUGAAAUUGUCUAGUCCCAUGAAUUUAUUUGGAUUUUCCACAAGUAUUCUGCAUUUGUAGAAAUGGGCUUGGUAAAUUUCAACCUCAAUUUGAAUAACCUGUCCAAUAUUUUUCUUUUCUAACAAAUGACAGAUGAUUUUGCUUGCUAAUGUUAUCUUGGCAUUUUGAGAAUUAGACUUAGCAUAGAGGAUAGUGUCUCUUGGUAUAUAUAGGUCACAUAAUAGGUUGUACCAGCUGUCGGCUGUUCAUUUGGUAAGCGUCCAUGGAGAUCUGGAGACAUGGAGAGGACAGACAGAAAGAAUUUGAAACCUGAAGAACUCCCAGAUGUCUAGCUCAUCCUGUAUUUGUUAACAUUGGGAUAAAAAAAAAAAAUCAACAACUCCGAUCUGGUUUGACUGAAGAAAAGGUUAUUAUAGACCUUUGAUCAUAGAUUUGUGUCGUCCUUAUUCUCCAGAGUGUUUUUGGCCAUGUUGAAGGACUGCACAAGAAGACAGUGAGACUCGUUCCUGGGCCAGUAUAUAAGAUAGCUAGCAGGGUACACAAGAGUGAGGAGAGGGGAACGGCUCUGUAAGAAACCAAUCAAGAUGAAGGAAAGUGAAAUAAUCCACGUCUUUUAUGUUGUUUUGAUUUAAUAACAUAACAGAUAACCAGCUGUCCCCCGAAAACCUCCCAUGCAUACACACACACACACAUACAAAGAGAGUUCAUCAACUGCAAGUGUUUCCUUCACUUCUGAUAUAGAAUUUUGAUUUUAACAACAUAAAGAAUAAACUUGUAGAAACUCAUCUUAUAAAAUGUAUUUUAUAAAAUUAAAGAAAAUAAAAUUAAGAAUGUUCUCAAUCAAA